AUGGCCGGCGCUAAUCCGAUUGACAUCGCCACUCGCCAGUCGACGUCGGUCUCCCCACCGGGCCAGCAGGCGUCGAAUCUGACGUCCGCUUUACAAAAGGCGGGCACUGGGGAGCGCACCGGCAGCAUAUCCCAUCACCCCGGUGGCGGACUUGGGAUGUUUAAGGCCCCUCCUCCUCGUAAGGACUCCAUCGGCGCCGCCACGCAAUGGGGCAAUGGUACCAAACCUAUCUCCAUGGCGGGAUCGGCCCGCGACAAAGGACGCCGGGAGUCGCUCGCAGGAAGUCUGGUGGGCGGAAUGAGCUGGGGUGGUGUUGAGUGUGGCCCAACAGAUCGAGAUCGCGCGCGCGGCGGGGGAAGUCUUGUGCAUUUCCUUCUGUCGCACCGCAUGGCAGGGAAAAAAAAGACUGACCGGAAAUUUCCGUCUAGCAUUAUCAUGACCGGCACGUCACCAUUCACCUUCCAGUCGCCGUCAUUCCACUCGUCGUCGUACCUGCCGAAACUCGAGGCCAACUUCAUGCGGGACUUUUCGUGCUGCGGUGUGACGUUACCGACCCUCCACGACCUAUUACAACACUACGAGGAAGCGCAUGCCACUAAGUCGCCCAACCAAGGGCACCGGCCGAGCCAGGGUGAAAAUCGAGCUGCCCUAGCGGCCGCCGCGAUCGCACAGCAACAGAGCCAGCAACAUGGCAACGGUCGCGGCAUGCAGCCCGACCGGACGUUGGACAUGCGCAAGAGUCAGAACCCAUCCACCCCCCAACAUGCGGAUUUGGACACGAUCGAUGACAUGGAGUUGGACGAGCCUAUGGGGGACAGUGACGCCUCUACCUCGCAGUUGUUCUCGCCCCAGUUACGUGACGGCGGACAGGGCGGAUUUGGCAACUCUAACCCGGGCAGCCAGCUAAAUCUAGGCAUGCUCCCGACUCCUCAAGGCUUCAACCAGUCGUCACAACCGGGUACGCCAAUCGGAUCCGGGCUCCCACUUUCUCUGCAGAACAACCCGACCGUCUCUUCCGUCAACACUCCUACGUUGAUGGCCAACCCCCUCCAAGCGUCUCAAUUCCGCCAUACGCCUGAUUCCUCAGGACCCGGUACACCAGCAGAGAUUGAUGAAAGCAUGCUCAGUGGAUUUGGCGACUUGGCAAUGCAGAACAACGGAAUGGGCCAAAAUCAAGGCCAGUUCGGACGCUUUUCGGGGAAUAAUAACGAUAUGGUCGAUCUCUGCAUCGACGAGCCGGCCAAGCGACUGUUUAGCCCCAAUGGCGGCAUGGGUUCUCCCAACGCCCACUUCAAGCUCAGUGGAGCGCAGUACGGGCCCAACAGCGAUAUUGCACGACGGAUCCGGGAGCAGCAACUGGCUGCCGGUGUUCCAGAUACCACGACAAUCCUCCCCAACGAGGAGCCCAAGCCAUUCCGGUGCCCUGUCAUCGGAUGUGAGAAGGCAUACAAGAACCAGAAUGGUCUCAAGUACCACAAAGCUCACGGGCAUAACAACCAGCAAUUACACGAUAACGCCGACGGCACUUUCUCGAUCGUCAACCCCGAGACGUCAACUCCAUACCCCGGAACCCUCGGCAUGGAGAAAGAGAAGCCAUACCGGUGCGAGGUGUGCGGCAAGCGGUACAAGAACCUGAACGGGUUGAAGUACCACAAGUCGCACUCCCCACCCUGCAACCCAGACUUCCAGCUUGGAGGUCGUAAUCUGAAUCUAGGCGGCGGUGUGAUGCAAGGACAGAACAUCAACGUGGCUGGAGCUGGCCUCCCCGGGAUCGGCGAAGAAGGUCUUCUAUGA